AUGGUGAAAAUAUUCUACGACAGAUGUCACUGCACUUUGUAAGAACAUUGCAGUAAUAGUUGUAAUGUUUCAAGAAGAGAAGACAGUCUAUGGUGAAUAGAUAAAUUAUUUGACAGUAGCAAUUGUGAAGAAAAUAAUAAUUACGAAAAAUAAUUGUACACAUAUAUUACAAAGUUAAAAAAUAAAAAUAAUAACAAAGGGAGUAUGACGAUUAAAUAACAUUAACCGUAUUAGAAUAUGUGUCAAAACGCUUGCGUAUUUUCCUAUUAUUGAUUAAAUGUAAUUUUGUAUGCAAUUGAUAUGAUUUUCGACCGGUACACCGGAUGGUACUAUGAUCUUGUAUCAUAAUGUGUAACUUGAAACAAAUUUAUGUUAAACCAAUGCACGUAAAAAUAAUUUAUGAUAUGACGACUUCGUAUUGGACGUGACAACAAUUGUUUUAACGUUCAUUAAUCGUACGAUAGAACAAAAAAAAACGGAGCAAUGUCUUUAACUACGUUUUAUUAAGUGUCAACGUAAAUAUAUUUAUUAAUUGUAUGAGAAAAUAAGUUAUUGUCGAUAGUCAAAAUAUUAGAAAGAAAAAUAGUGAUUUCUAUAACGAUAUAGAAAAAAGAAUAACUACGUACUUGCAAAAUGGGUUCUGAACAAAGUUCGCAGAGUGGUACUCAAAAUACCAGUAACAACAGAGCAAGAGCAGGACAACUUCGUCGUGGUAAAAGUGUUCCAAAUAGUGAAAGAGUACCGGAAGAUACUCCACCAAGAUGUACAAGCCCUGGUGCAAGCAUAUGUUCCGACUCGGAUUUACCAUAUAUAUCUUACACUGUAAAUAGACCUAUUGGUGAUUCUCCAAAAAUGAGCAACAAACAAUUACAAUUGUACAGAGGAAAAAGUUUAGGUGCACAGGAUAUAUCAAGGAGGAGAAACAGUUUGAGUAGUCAUAGUCAUAGAAAACCAUUGUCCGACAAACUUCACAAUAUUGUCGUGGUAAAGCCAGCUGCAUCGGAUCCUAGCACCGAAAAAGAUCCAGAUCUAGUCAAAUUACAAAGUAUUCCCAUGUUUCUACCAAUAAUGCGUGGGACUUUGAAUCUACCACCAGGAGUAAGAGAUCCUGAAGUUCUCGAAAGAUUAGAUCCCAUUGGAUUGUUCAAUGUAUGCGCCCGAUAUCAACAUCAUCUUAAUACUAAUGCGCAGAUGAUAGCUGGAGAACAAGCAGCUCUAUGCAUUAAUCUUGAAGCCGAGGUUAAUAGAAUUUUGGGUUUGGUUGUAGAAAGACAAAAAAAAUUUGCCAAAUUUGCGGAACAAUUAAACAAAGUACACGAACUUAGCAGACAAUUGACCAAAUGUCAUUCUCUUCUUAAUCAGACUUUGGAAAGUCUUGAAACGCUUAAUAACUUUUUACCAAUCGAAGACAGAUUAGAACCAUUUGUAUGGACGACGGGAUAAACACAAAUAUACCGAUAAUCAAAUUUAAUAGCUCAACAAAUAUUCUUUUUAACUUGUUGCAUGACGUACAAAGAUUUACAUUUUUAGAAAUGCCUACAUAGUUUUAUCCUCUAUCUAUAAACCAAUUUCCUAUUGGGAACUAGAUUGGAGUAGAUUAAAUAUAAUUUAUAAUUAUAACAAAUUGUGAAUCGUUGAAAUACUUAGGAUGACAAGGUCUACCUACACAUUGUAUUUAAUCACAUAGAUUUCUAACAUUUACACCGAUGUAUAUUGUAUAUAAUGCACUUAAUUUUGAAAAACAA